CUUACACUGCCGCAACUAGGCUCCCGCUAUAGCUACACAUGAAGCCUUUGAAGCUUCGAGUUGAACAAGAGCUCUAAGGCACACAACAACGCAAAUUUACACCAGGGUCAAUCAAUCACCAGCUGAUAAAUUUUGUUAAGUUGGCAGUGCAGGGAGUCAUCGGUCGUGACCCUCUUCCUGAAAGGGCGACUUCGUACUCGACCUCUAGCCUCUAGGCUCUCGCACUUGUCCUGGAUACCGCUGUCUGAUCACAGACGGGAACGUUGACAUUGGUUCAUCUCAGCUCCCGAAAUUUGCUAAAAGACACCUCACGUUCGUUGUUCCUGGACCAUCCUUUUUUCUUCUGUACGAAGCUGUCAGUAUCACGGCUUGAUACCAAUGGUCCAGAUUACCCCCCUCCUCUGGCAGGCUCUUGUCACUGUCGCGCAAGCCCCUCCUGUCGCGCGCAAUGUCCAUCCCAACGCCCUCGCCGUCCGUCAGGUAAAUACGAGCGACCUCCCUUCUCAAUGCCAAAGCACGUGCCAAGUCAUCAAUACGAUAAGUGACUGCGACAACAGUCUAUCUUGCAUUUGCGUGUCGACCAUCGGAACCCAGCUUCAAACAUGCAUGGAUUGCCUUGUUACGGCCGAACCAUCUGCCUCGACAGACGCUGAUUCCGCCAUCGACAGCUGGAACGAAGCUUGUGGUGGAUCUCUUACUCUUCCCAGUGGACAGACUUCUACUUCGACAUCUGCUGCGAAGAGCUCUACUGCUACUGGUAGUAGUAGUAGUGGCAGUAGCCCUUUCACCACCAAGACAGGUGAUGCUGUGAGCAUAAAGACAGCUAUUGGGGCACUUGGCCUGAUCGUUUCCAUUGCUUGCGGUAUUAUCAUACUCUGAACAUGAGUGCCAACCUUAGUCUUUUAGGGCGGACCUUUCUUUGACAGAUGAUCAGCAUAACCACACCCUCCUUUCUUAACACUGCAUAAGUACACCUACUGUUAUCGAACAAUUUAACUAGUAAAAUUAUUCGCCGCUAUGGCCCGGGCACGGUUGCUCGUUGGUAUCGCUGAAACAGGAAGAAUUAGCCUCGAAGAGGGUCGUCCGAAGUAAGACAAAUUGAAUACAAGGUUUGCAAUGCGUACCUGUUUGUUCUCUGGUUUCCGUCAU